AUGCGGAUAGCCGUUGUAAUUUUGAUCGUUUUUCAAUUGGCGAUAGCCAAGCAUCAUCGUCAUCGAGCUCCUGUCAUAGAUCUGAAUGGAGCCGAUGAGUUGGUUGCAACAAUUCGGGAAGGAGAAAUCAUUCUCAAUACCGUUCCCGACAUUGUUCUUCUGCCUGAAUCAGGUCCAGUCUGCAAAUAUGUUCUGACAUCUUCAGAGGGAACAUCUCCCUUUGAUAUCGAAGUCGUCGACAAGUAUUCUGGAUCUGCUGUCAUUCGUCUGAAGGAUGGAAUGACAUUGGAUUGUAAAAAGAGUGAAUACAACAUGAGUUUGCAAGCUGUUCGAUGUGAUGAUGAAACAAUUCGAAGCGAAAGUAUUCCUCUUCAUGUCAAUAUCAAAGAUACAAACAAUCAUGUGCCAGAAUUCGAUAGCCCUUGGUAUACAUAUACCAUAGAUGAAGGAAAAUUGGUACAAGAGAUUGCUACAUUGAAAGCUGUGGAUGCUGAUUGUGGUGAUCCAUUUGGAGAAGUUUGUGAAUACAAAAUAACCAAUGGAUUCAAAAAUUUCCCAUUCGCCAUCAACAACCAGGGUGUUCUCCGCAAUACGCAGCCACUCAACUUCACACAAGUCAAAUCUUAUAUUCUGACUAUUGUUGCCAUAGAUUGUGGCAUGCGAUCAAGCAAGACUGUUUUAGUUACUGUCAAUGUUGUUGAAGCUUGCACUGUUGGAAUCAAGAACAUGCCCGACAGAGUACACUUUGUUGAUGGUGCUGGACCAGCAGCCUUGAUGUCUGACAUCAAAAUGGAAAUCUGUCCAAAAGAUACAAGUUGCGAAGUGGAAUCUCUUGAUGCAACUGUCGAGCUUCAUGCUGGGCAUGUAACACCAGGGUGUUCACGCGAUGAUCUCUACAGCAAUGAAACAAUUCAAAGCUGUGGAUUGAAUACUGCUGCUCUUCAGCUUCUAGAUUCUCAACAUGAUCGUGUUAACGACUUGGACCAAUCUGAAGGCUAUAAGUUCAAUGAGGACAGCACUGCCAUCGUUGUGCCACAAACAACCAUAAAUGAGCUUGUCUCCGAUGUUUUCUCCCUUUCAUUCUCAAUGAAACACGAUAAAGGAACAAAGGAAGAACAAAACAAUAAGCAAAGUAUUUUAUGUGAAUCUGAUGACUUCAAUAUGAACCGACACCAUUUCUCAAUCUAUCUUCGACAUUGCAAGCUGGAAGUUCUAUUGCGACGUGAGAAUGGAGCAAAAGCUGAAUUCAGAGCAGCUGAAUGGAGAUGGGCUAUUCCUCAAGUGUGCGAUAACCAAUGGCACGACUAUUCACUCCUCUUCAAUGGAGUCGAUGAUGUGACAUUGAUAAUCGACGGAGAAGUAUUGAAAGUUGAUGAACGUAAUCCAGAAAUUUUGGACGAUUGGCCACUUCACAAGGCCUUGAUGGACAAAACUAAACUAACCAUCGGCGCUUGCUGGCAUGGACGUCAAAAGAAGAUGGUCCAGCACUUCCGUGGUGAACUGCAAUCAAUUUAUCUGCUCAACGGAGCUGUUGAAACACAAGAAGCCAUUUCAUGCGCUCAUAAAUGUCCAGAGCAAUUGAGCUAUGGAGUCCUUGGAAAUUUGGCUGAUGGCCAAGCUGCCAGUUUAUCAGCUGAUCAUUCAGUCAUUACCGUUCACACAACAACAAUCGCCCAAAUGACAGAUUUAUUGAAUAAGAUCAAAUAUGCAAACACAAUGUCUAAGGCACUUCCUGGUCAUCGUUCAUACACUGUCCGCUCAUCCGCCACAUGCAAGGGUGGAAAGAAGAUGGAUCUACCAAUCACCAAAGGUUACAUCUUUGUUGAGAAAGCUGUUUUACCAAUUCUAUCCAUCUCUGGAACUGCUCUUCUCACAUCUGAUCAUCAUCAGGUUAAAAUGGGAAGCCCCAUGAUUCCUGACAUCAAGAUUACUGUCAGCCAUACCGAUUCAGAAGGAAAAUUGGUUGAUGUGACGGAAACUUCAAAGCUUGAUUAUUGUCGAGUCUAUUUGAAGCCUUCACGUGACAUGGAUGUUGAAUAUUUCUCUUCACCAGCUUCUCUUAUAACUAAUUUACAUAUUGAUUUUGAACAUGACAAAGAGGGAAUUCUGCUGAAGGGAGAAGAAUCAGUUCAUGGAUAUUUGGAUGUUCUAUCAAAGGUUCACUACUUCAACACUCGUCCAGAAACUUAUCACAAGCGAAUCUACUCUGUUCAAUGUGCAAUGCAGAAAGGAGCUGUUAUGAGCAAUGAAUUCAUCGUUACUAUGACGAUUGAACAACCUACAUUGCCUACAACAGAAGUUCUUUCAACUGAUAAUUCUAAUGAUAUGGCUAAUCUCCUAUCAAAUUCCGCAGAAGACACUUUGGAUUCAUUAGAUAUGAUUGAAAGACGAUUUGAGCCAGCUUUUGACCAACUAGGAAGUAGUCGACUUCAAAAUAUUCUUGAAAUGGAUCUUCCAAGACCAAAGGCUCUAAUGUCUCAUCAUGGAUAUGAAGUUGGACAAGGAGCUGUAGCAGGAGGUGCUGUUGCAGUUGUAGUUGUUGUAUGUGUGGGAUUCUUGCUAGUAUUACUCGUUUUGGGAGUUUUGAAAAUGCGCGACACUCCUGUACCAAGAAAGAGAAAAGGAAAGCGCACGAUUCUGCCAGACGAUGGCUUACACUGGGAUGAUAGUGGAAUGAAUAUUACUGUAAAUCCAUUGGAUGAUAUUGAAAAACAGAGAUGUGGUGGUGAUGAUGAUGAAGAAGAGUACAGCGAAGAAGACGUAAGCUCUGAUGGAGAGAGUGAAUGCUCGUUCAGAGAAGAAGAAGUAUCUGAUGAAGAGGAAUGUUCAGAGGUAUUGCCUCAUCUUGAUGGACCCCGUACCGGACUUGAAUGGGAUGAUGAAGCUGCUUUAACUCCUAAUGCUCGAUCCUAUCGUGUUUAG